AUGUCAUUACCCGUCGCCAUUCAGUCGGCGAUAUUCUACUACCUCGCAUGUACACCAUGUAACGAGAUGAAAGCGUUCCGGAAGGCCAAGAAGAAGGCCAAGGAAGACAGAGAGAUCAAGAGGAAGAUCGAAAUGGAGCAGCCAGGAUUAUACAGCCACCCGGACCCCUUCCAUACCAACCCCUUCUGGGCCGAGGAGAUGGCUGCCGGCCCGCACCUCCCCAAGAAGUCGGGAAGCAAGAACACGAGUCAGAGAGGCCUGGCGAGUGCUGGCAGGGCGAGCACGACCGCUAGUUUUGGGUGUGCCAGCACCGUCGCCGAUACCACCAGCCCCGCGACACCGACAACGAGUACCGAGACGGCCCGGAAGCUGUCCGGUGACGGGUGGAACAGGGCCUUGUACCAGCGAGAGGACGAGGAGCUUUGGGGCCACAACUUCACCGGAAUGGGCCACAAGCUCAUGGACAACAUUGCCAAGGCCGGAAACACGGCGGGGCGUUACGUCGAGGAGAAGCUAGGACUCGAGAAACCCAUCACGGACGAGGACCGUGACAACUUCUACCGUACCCCCAAAAACCCACCCGUCAACGAAUACCACCCGCCCAUCGUAGGGAGCAAGCCCUCUCGCCCGGACGCCCUCAAGUGGAUGCUGCAGCCGCCCCCGCCAGCCAAGCUCAUGGAAGGCCGUGUUCCCGUCGCAAGAACCGUUAGCACUAGUACUGUCGGGAGCAGGAGGACCAUGGCAUCCGAAGAGCCACCCCUAGACAGAGUAGUCCGUGAAAGGGCUAUUAGGAAGAAGCUGCGGCAGGGGGAGAAGCCCCGCAAGGAAGAGACGCCUUCAGAGUCGGAGUUGAUCGAGUCGCUUAUCGGCGGACGGUCCCGGAGGGCCACGGUCUCGAGCAGGGGUUUGUCGACCCGCAGCCGAAGUCUCUCGCUAGAGUCCGAAGUGUCUUCAGAUGGCGAACUGGUAGAGCGGCGAAGGUUGGCUCGCGCGAGGCGUGUUCCCAUGACCCCCGAAGAGAGUUCUUCGGAUGACGACUUCACCCAACACCGCACCUGGGACUCGCUCGGAAAGUCAAGCCCUCGGAAGCGGCCCCAACUGGAAACGAUUAACAGCUCCCGCGCCAACACUAGAGAGGCGUUGAGGGCACGACAAAACGGCACCAAGGCCGACGCCGCGUCCAAAGCCAGCUCUGAUAUCACACCCAAGGCGUCAGCCAACCCUAUCGCCACCCGCACAGCUGACGAAAACACGCCCACCACUGUCACCGCUGCAACGACGGUAUCAUGA